AUGCCUCGAUCUACUCGACGUUCCGGAUCUUCCGGAACAUCCACCCCACCUUCAUCCCUAUCCUCACCGCCCUCUCGACCUCUUUUCCCUGCUAUCUCUUUACGAUCCUCUUCACCCUCUUCUUCAGCCAAGGAGUCGUCGACUCAAACGAUCACGGCAAGAUCAUCAUUAUUGAACGUCCUGACCCGUCCGCACCACUCGGCACCUACCACUUCCAUCUCCAACGCCCACGUUUCAUCUGCUGAUAACAACAACAACCACAACGGUUCCUCUUCUGAUGAAGAUACCAAUUACUCUGAUCAGAGUACUAUCUCGUCCUAUGCCAGUUCCAUCAUCAGCGGUACGUAUAUGAUGGAAAAUCAACACCUCACCAGUGAAGAUAUAGCGAAAGUGUAUGAGAAUUAUUUGGAGAAACCGUUCGUCAACACGAAAUCGACCAUAAAACACUCAGAGUUCGGGCAUUGUAAUAAUCCCAAUUGGAGAUGGACAAGUCAGUGGAACACGGAUGAACCUAUUCAUCCAGCUGAAGAACCUCGUCCUCCUUACUUCACCCUCUUGACCACUUACAUAAGUUACAUCCUCCUCAUCGUCAUUGGUCACAUGAGGGAUUUCUUCGGUAAGAGAUUCAGACCUGCAGAAUACGCUCAUCUCAUGCCUCAGAAUGGUUACGCUGCCUUGAAUUCCGAUUUCGAUUCAUUCUACACUCGUCGAUUGAAACAGCGACUGGAAGAUUGUUUUGCCCGACCCGUCACAGGAGUAGCUGGAAGGUCUAUCGUAUGCUACGAUCGAGCUUCUACAGAUGAGAACAAAACUUUCAAUCUGACCGGUACCACCACUCGAGCGUUGAAUGUCUCCUCGUACAACUAUCUGGGUUUCGCAUCUUCUACUGGAGGAUGUGCCGAUGCUGUCGAAGCCUGUAUCAGGAAAUACGGAGUCUCCGGUGCAGGACCUCGACAUGAUGCUUCGACCUUGGAUCUUCACGUCCAGACUGAAAAUCUAGUAGCUCGAUUCGUAGGUCAAGAAUCAGCCAUGGUCGUUUCGAUGGGAUACGCCACCAACUCUACUACCAUCCCUGCUCUGGUCGGUAAAGGUUGUUUGGUCAUCUCUGAUGAGUUUAACCAUGCCUCUAUCCGAUUCGGUGUUAGAUUAUCGGGAGCGAGUUUGAGAUCAUUCAAACAUAAUGACGUUGAUGAUUUGGAGAGAAUUCUGAGAGAGGUUAUAUCUCAAGGUCAACCUAGGACUCAUCGACCAUGGAAGAAGAUCCUGUUGAUUGUUGAGGGUCUUUAUUCGAUGGAAGGUAGUUUGGUCAAUUUACCGGUUCUGAUUGAUUUGAAGAAGAGAUACAAGUUCUACCUCUACGUUGACGAAGCUCACUCUAUCGGUGCGAUGGGACCUAACGGACGAGGUGUCUGUGAUUAUUUCGGUGUCGAUCCUCGUGAUGUCGAUAUACUCAUGGGAACAUUCACGAAAUCUUUCGGAGCAGCUGGUGGAUACAUCGCUGGGUCCAAGCAAAUUAUGGAUAGGCUUAGAUUACGAUCUCACGCGACAUGUUAUGCCGAAUCGGUCUCUCCUCCUGUCUUAACUCAAAUUAUCGCUUCUAUGGGAUCUAUCAUGGGUGUUGCUCCUCCCUUGGCUGCUCCAGCGGAUAUCAUCGAUGAUCGAUCAGAUACCAUGUCUAUCUCCUCUCGACCUACAGCUUACGGACCAGCACCAGCAUACAUCUUACCUUCAUGGAUGAAACUGCCUUUGAACCUUUUGAACGGCACGGAAGGUAGAGAGAGAUUGAGGAGAUUGGCAUUCAAUUCAAGAUAUUUAUCAAGUGGUUUGAGAAAAUUGGGAUUCAUAGUUUAUGGGCAUCGAGAUUCACCCAUCAUUCCUCUAUUAAUUUACAACCCUGGUAAAAUGCCUUGGUUCUCGCAGUUGAUGCUGGAUCGUUUGGGGCCUGAUAAGACUCCUAUCGUAGUGGUCGUUGUGGCUUAUCCAGCAACGCCUUUGAUCACUUCCCGUGUCCGAUUCUGCCUGUCAGCUUCACAUACCAAGAACGAUAUCGACCUGAUCCUCAGAGCAUCUGACGAGGUUGGAGACUUGUUAGGUAUGAAAUACGGCAAACAGACGAUGAAUGUUGAAGAGGUCAUUGCUAGCGCGGAGGAAUUAGUAGCUGCUUCGUUCUAA